AUGGAAGUAAUUGAUAUAUCAUAAACUUUUAGCAAUUUAUAAAGAACCUUGAUUCCACUGAUAGUAAUACUAUAUUCAUUAAUAUUUAGAAAAAUCACCCUAAAAAUAAAAAUUAGCUGCAUCGCCUAAUACAAAUUAGAAGUAAAACUCGACCAAAUAAACUAAAGAGGAAUUAAAAAAAAAUAAGAUCAUAAAAAAACUAGAAUUUAAUGACUAACUUAUUAUAAUUAAGUAAGAUGGAAUAAUUGGUAAAAGUACUAGCUAAAUCCCUAAGAAUAAUUUAGGUAUUAAAAGUGUAUUAUUUAGUUAAUUCUUCAUAUACAUUAGGUCUAAUAAAUUCUAUAGAACUUAAUCAUAAAAAUGAAAUUAUUAACAAAUUGAUCAAAACAAAUGAUCAUAAAUUAUUAUAAGUUUCUAGAACUUCUAAUUUGUAUUGCAAAUGUAGUAAAUCUAAAUGCAUUCAAAAUUAUUGUAUUUGUAGUGCCAACAAUUAAGAAUGUAAAUUAAAUUGUGAAUGUUAUAAUUGUUCAAAUAAAUAACCCAAGUCUACUCUCUCUUAAUUCUCUUCAAUAGAAUUUUAAGGAUGUAAUUGUAAAAGAUAAAAGUAAUCUACUUUAAUAUUAUUACAUAGUUGUUCAAAACUCUAUUGUGAAUGUCAAAGGAGAAAUAUCAAGUGUACUUCUAAAUGUAAUUGCUUUGAAGAGUGUGUAAAUUAGGAAAUUUAGCCCCUACCAUUUCAUUUAGAUAGUCUAUCCUGA